AUGACAAUCUCCAAAACUGACGACGAUUCUUUCACAAACAUUAACAACGACGAUCAUCGACGUCUCAGUCUCAUCGACAUUUCUUCCGCCGACGAUUCUCUCAUCGCCAAUCCCUUCCACCAUAAUCAUUCAUCAGGUAAAUUUUUCACUCCAAAUUCCAAAGACGAAUUCCACGAUGCUGCUACUAAAAUCAACGAGUGGGAGCGGGAAUCUCGCCCAAAUGAGAUUCAAAACAACAAGAUUAAUAUGCGCCAGAGCUUAGCUUGGGAUACUGCAUUUUUUACAAGUCCCGGUGUUUUGGACCCUGAGGAGUUGAGUAGUAUGAUAGGUAGUGUUGAGAAGGCUGACAAGCGCGCAUCAUCAUUACCGGCGAUUCAAGAGGAUGUGCAUGGUUCAUGUGAGUCUAUCUCUACCUCUAGAAGCAACGAUAGCUUAACUCAGGAGAGUCUAGAGGAUGUUGAUUUGUUUCAGGAUGUAAGAGCUUCGAUUCAGAACUUUGGCAGGAUGUCUGAUUUGGCAAGGGCAAACAGAAAUGUUCCAUCUAGGUUUCAAGCUGGUGGCUCUUUGACAGCGGUUGGCAUGGCUUCUUGUAAGUCUCCAAGCUCCAAGAGUCCUAGUGCAGGCAUGCAAGGCACACAGAAGUUACCAAAGAAGAAUCCUAUUACUCCACACCUUUCACGGAAACCUGUUGCUAGAAGGGAAGAGCCAUGUAUUUCAAAACAACCAAAGACGCUAGGAAAUUCUAGUCCAAGUUCAACAAUAUCAUCCAAUAGAAGUUCCCUUGGCGAUCUUCAUGUCAAAAGCGAAAAGGACGGGGCAAAUAAAAACAAUUGCGGCAAGGUAAAUUCUGUGAUGAACACAACUACAACUGUCAUUAAGGGUUCUCAAGUUAACAAGCUUAAACCUAUCACAUCAUCCAAAUCCCCGUUAGGUCCAUCAGUUGCUACAAAAACAAAAUCAUCAAUAUCUCCAUCUUCAAGCAGCAACUUAUCCCAUAAUAUUAGCAAAUCAAAAUUGAUUUCCUUGAAAAGAACAAAAAAGUCACCCUCUUCUUGCUCAGUUAUCAGAACACCGCCAAGAAUUGCUUCGAGAGAUAAAAUUGGGUCUAGCAAUUCUAGUCUUUCAGGCUUGGUGUCUGCCACCAAGUUCUCUCCUUGUAUUUCGCCUGCUAAAUCUACAAGUGAUUGGUCAUCAGAGUCAUCGUCAUCAUCUUCUAUGACUAAAUUUAGGUUUAACAGUUCAAGCACUACCUUUCACAGUAUCUCUAACAGAAAGCACUUACCAGAGAAUGGUGCUCAACAUAUUUCAAAUUCUAAAAUAUCUCCGAGUAGUUCAAGCAUGGAAGGGAAGGAGACUAGGGAUGCUAGAUCCAUCGGUCAGUGUGUAAGGACUGCUGCUGCAGGAAUGGUUCUUACCCCCUCUCCCAAGAAACCUUUAGGCCUACGGCAACCAUCACCCAAGAUUGGCUUCUUUGAAGGAGUGAAAUCAUCAGUCCGCACUCCACACAAGGAGAUGAAACUACAGACUAUAAUGCCACAAGGUAGGGUCAGUCCUUCCGAAGGCCAAAACAAAGCGAAGCUUGGAAAGCUGCAAUCACCAAGAUCAAUCAUACCAACUAAAAACAAAGAGUUUGUUAACCAGCAAGCUUUGCAUCCAGUUCCUCUUAAUCAAUCAUCAGAUGUUAAGACCUUUAUGGCUUUACCUCAUGCCAAAAGCUCCGCUGUUGCACCUGUGGAUGUUCCACAACCAUCACCCAAGAUUGGCUUCUUUGAAGGGGUGAAAUCAUCAGUCCGCUGUCCACGUGGGGGGAUGCAACCACGCACUAUUGCGCCACAAGGAAGGGUCAGUCCUUUUGAAGAUCAAAACAAAGCAAAACUUGGAAAGCUGCAAUCACCAAGAUCAAUUAUAUCAACUAAAAACAAAGAGUUCGUUAACCAGCAAUCUUUGCAUCCAGUUCCUCUUAAUAAAUCAUCAGAUGUGGAGACUUCUAUGGCUCUACCUCAUGUCGAAAGCUCUGCUGUUGCACCCAUGGAUGUUCGAAAUCAAAUGUAUCUUAAAGCUGGUGUAGGUAACUUGGAUGCCAAUAGCACCAUAGUCGAAGGGCACAUUAGACGUGAACACGAUCCAAGUCUUGGCUUUACACAGGGAAAUUCUCAGUAUGAUGAUGAUCAAGUUGAUUGUUUGAGCAGACAAGUUGAACUUAUGGAUAUAAAUUUGAAGACACAAACAUAG